CAGGGGCGGAGGCGGUGGCCAGGGAGGAAGCGGAGGAGGCGGAGGCGGCCGUGGCGUUAGUCCACCUGCCUGUUCCCUUGGUUUCCCCGCCCCCUCCAGUCUCGCCACCACCGAAGGGGCCUGGGUGCGCACUGUCGCAACCUGCCCUCACUCCGGCUGGCGACUGUAAGAUCUGACCCGCAUCCAGACCAACCUCCUUGACGGGGCGGCUUCGGCGCGGGCUCCUCGGGACAUAGGCAGGCGGCCGGGGCGCCUGAAGGUUACUGAGUGUAUGAACGCCUAGAGUCUCCCGCGCUGCCCCGCCUGCCAGCCCGCCGGCCAGCCCGCCCGCUAGCCCGCCAGCCCCUCGGCACCCGGCGGCGGCGGCGGCGGCGGCGGCAACGGCCGCAGGAGGCGCAGUCUCCCUCCCAGGUGCGCGCUUCGCUCCCAGAACCGCGGGACUCGGCGGCCGCCAUGGCGUCCAACAUGGACAGGGAGAUGAUCCUGGCGGAUUUUCAGGCAUGCACGGGCAUUGAAAAUAUUGAUGAAGCUAUUACAUUGCUUGAACAAAAUAAUUGGGACUUAGUGGCAGCUAUCAAUGGUGUAAUACCCCAGGAAAAUGGCAUUCUACAAAGUGAAUAUGGAGGUGAGACCAUGCAAGGACCUGCAUUUGAUCCAGUAAGUCAUUCAUCUUCAGCAUCAGCUCCGUCUUCCUCCUCAGCAUUUCGACCUGUAAUGCCAUCUAGGCAAAUCGUAGAACGGCAGCCUCGGAUGCUGGACUUCAGAGUUGAAUACAGAGACAAAAAUGUUGAUGUGGUACUUGAAGACAGCUGUACUGUUGGAGAGAUUAAACAGAUUCUAGAAAAUGAGCUUCAGAUACCUGUGUCUAAAAUGCUGUUAAAAGGCUGGAAGACUGGAGAUGUGGAAGACAGUACGGUCUUAAAAUCGCUACACUUGCCAAAAAACAACAGUCUUUACGUCCUUACACCUGACUUGCCACCACCUUCAUCAUCUAGUCACGCUGGUGCCCUGCAGGAGUCAUUAAAUCAAAACUUCAUGCUGAUCAUCACCCACCGAGAAGUCCAGCGGGAGUACAACCUGAACUUCUCAGGAAGCAGUACCAUUCAAGAGGUAAAGAGGAAUGUAUAUGAUCUUACAAGUAUCCCUGUUCGCCAUCAGUUAUGGGAGGGCUGGCCAACUUCUGCCACAGAUGACUCCAUGUGUCUUGCUGAAUCUGGCCUCUCAUAUCCCUGCCACCGACUUACAGUGGGAAGAAGAUCUUCACCUGCACAGACUAGGGAGCAGUCUGAGGAGCAAAGCACCGAUGUUCAUAUGGUUAGUGAUAGUGACGGAGAUGACUUUGAAGAUGCAACAGAAUUUGGAGUAGAUGAUGGAGAAGUUUUCGGCAUGGCAUCAUCUGCUCUGAGAAAAUCUCCAAUGAUGCCAGAAAACGCAGAAAAUGAAGGAGAUGCCUUAUUACAAUUUACAGCAGAGUUUUCUUCAAGAUAUGGUGACUGCCAUCCUGUAUUUUUUAUUGGCUCAUUAGAAGCUGCUUUUCAAGAGGCCUUCUACGUAAAAGCCCGAGAUAGAAAGCUUCUUGCUAUCUACCUCCACCAUGAUGAAAGUGUAUUAACCAACGUGUUCUGCUCACAAAUGCUUUGUGCUGAAUCCAUUGUCUCUUAUCUGAGUCAAAAUUUUAUAACCUGGGCUUGGGACCUAACAAAGGACGCCAACAGAGCAAGAUUUCUGACAAUGUGCAAUAGACAUUUUGGCAGCGUUGUUGCACAAACCAUUCGGACUCAAAAAACAGAUCAGUUCCCACUUUUCCUGAUAAUUAUGGGAAAGAGAUCAUCUAAUGAAGUGUUAAAUGUGAUACAAGGAAACACAACAGUGGAUGAGUUAAUGAUGAGACUCAUGGCUGCAAUGGAGAUCUUCACUGCCCAACAACAGGAAGAUAUAAAAGAUGAGGAUGAACGUGAGGCCAGAGAAAAUGUGAAGAGAGAGCAAGAUGAAGCCUAUCGUCUUUCACUUGAGGCUGACAGAGCAAAAAGGGAAGCUCAUGAGAGAGAGAUGGCUGAACAGUUUCGUUUGGAGCAAAUUCGUAAAGAGCAAGAAGAAGAACGUGAGGCAAUCCGGCUCUCCUUAGAGCAGGCCCUACCUCCAGAGCCAAAUGAGGAAAAUGCUGAGCCUGUGAGCAAACUACGGAUCCGGACCCCCAGUGGCGAGUUCUUGGAGCGGCGUUUCCUGGCCAGCAAUAAGCUCCAGAUUGUCUUUGAUUUUGUAGCUUCCAAAGGAUUUCCAUGGGAUGAAUUCAAGUUACUGAGCACCUUUCCUAGGAGAGACGUAACCCAGUUGGAUCCAAAUAAAUCAUUGCUAGAGGUAAAGCUGUUCCCUCAAGAAACCCUUUUUCUUGAAGCAAAGGAGUAAACGCCCAGCAGUAGAAGCAGCCAUUCCGUGACAAGUCACAGGCCUGCAUCAAGAGAAGGGCUCCUCGCCAACCCCCACACACGCUCGUCUCACUCAAUUCAGUGUCACACUUCUGCCUCUUGCAAGAUUGCUGGAAACAAAAGUAAUAAUAAAGAAAGCUACUUAAAAUUUCCCAUC